AUGAGCCAGACGCUGUACGGUAUCCCGUGGCUACGCGCUCAACGUGAGAUUGCCUGCUGUCGCUGUCGUCGCCGUAAGAAGAAGUGUGAUAAACGCCGCCCGCUGUGCGGCGAAUGUGCCAGGUCCGGUGCAGAAUGUGUGCCACUCGCCCCUAAGAAGUCUGCCAUGACCACACUUCCAGCUGGAUACAUUCAUCUGCUCGAGGAACAUAUAGCGACACUUGAAACUCGCCUCCGACAGUCCAAUCCGUCGAUUGCUGGUGACCAUUUUCUGAGCGACCCCAGAGCAAGACCUGUCAACACCCCAGCCUCGAUGGAUUUGAUAGCAGAUGAUGCUGUGCCUCCAUUGAAUCUGUUGAGCAGACUUUCAGAUGGGUCACUGGAUGUCGCCGGGCCUGCUUCUCCCACUGAUACACCCGGUGCCGGCCCAGUGGCAACUCCGGAUUGGGUGCUCGGGACAUUCGAUGAAGCCAUCGACUUCGAUCUUGCAGCAUUGAGCGGCAGAGAUAUCUCACCGUUAACAAACCCUCCACGAGACCGCAUGACGGAUCAAUCUCAAUUAGAACCCACAACGUUCGAGGCCGAUGACAUCCAAGACACGGAACCCGGCGCACCUUCUCUUCAGCUCGCCAUCCAAGAAGAACGGCUGACCGAGUCAUACUUGCCUCUGUCAGUUGCUGUUCGCUGUGUGAAGGAAUACUUCACAAGUGCUCACCCCAUGUGGCCGUUCUUACAUCGCCAGCAAUGGGAGGACUGGUGGAAGUAUUGGUCUGGCACGGCGAGACAAAUGAACUCACCAGGCUCGCAGACUUUCUUCGUGGACAUGGUGCUUUCUAUUGGCGCUCUGCUGGUUCAUGGAUCGACCCCUCUUCCGAACACCUGGACCUUUCUCGGGCAUCCUUUCAACGAGCCAUGGCGAAGUACAGGUCUUAUGAGAUCCAAGAGUCAUCGCCUAUUUUGCCUUCUUCACCAGUUCCAAGCUGGAGUCGGCGUGGUCUUUUGCCUGUGGGCGACGCCUACACACCAGCAAAUGGCGCUAUACGAUCGCCGCCCGGUCUGCCAAGCGUUGUUUGCCUGUCUUGCGACUUUGAUUGACUUUGCAAGCAAGUGGAGCUCUGCCCAGGUCUUUCGUGACGUUUUUGAGUUGCUGAUGGAGGCUGUGCCUGUCGUGGAGUUCGGCGACCCAUCUCAAUCAUGGUCUAUCACGCCUCCUCAAUCGGCUAACCUACAGCUGUUAGUAACUGAACUGGAGGAUCUGAAGGUGCAGCAGAAAGUAAUCAACAUGCUCAAAACUAUGCGUAAGGGGCGGGUGCCGUUCACGUCGCCAUCAGUGGAGGAGACGCAGUGGAUUCAGUACGAGCAUAACGAACAUAUGUCUUAA